AUCUCCAUUCACUCUUCUCUCAUUUCUUCAGAUUUGGAAAUUUGUUCGCCGAUGAGGUUCCUGUGAAAAUAAAAUCAAAUCAGGCUCUGUAAAUUUUUAGUUUCAAAGUUUGUCGAGAAAAUGGCUGUGGAAUUGCUCGGGUACGGGAAUCUGAACGAGCAAAUGGCGAUUCAAGAAGCCGCCUCAGCCGGAUUGAAGUCCAUGGAGCAUUUGAUCCGAGCGGUUUCCCAUCAGCAGCAGCAGCAGCAGCUUGACUGCAGGGAAAUCACGGAUUUCACUGUUUCUAAGUUUAAAAAGGUGAUUUCCCUUCUGAACAGAACUGGUCACGCGCGGUUCCGGCGUGGCCCUGUGCAACCUCAGCCACAGUGUGCGGCGGUGACUCAGGUUCAGAAUCAUGACUUGGCUUCCGGCUCAACUCUACCUCUAAAUCCGGCUUCUGGAAUUUACCAGCCUCAACCUCUGAGCCUGUUCUCUCUUUCCCCUGCUUCAACGCCGUCGCCAGCUGCGGCUCCGGCUCCGGCUCAGCCCUUGACGCUUGAUUUCACCAAGCCUCGCUCUUCUUUUGGGAAGGAUGGGAGUGAAGUUAUGGGCAAAGAGGCGUUAAGCUUAUCAGCUGCGAUGUCCACCUCCGGGAACUCGUCCUCGACCUUUGUAUCCUCGAUCACUGGUGAAGGCAGCGUGUCCAAUGGAAAAGGUGGAUCUCCGUCAAUGUUUCUGGCGCCGUCUGCUCCAGCGGUCUCCGCUGGAAAGCCGCCGCUAUCUGGGAAGAGGUGUCGGGAGCAUGAGCAUUCAGAUAACAUCUCCGGCAAAACCUCUGGUUCUAGCCGCUGCCACUGCAAAAAGAGGAAAUCUAGGGUCAAGAGGACGAUUAGAGUGCCGGCGAUCAGCCCAAAAGUCGCCGAUAUUCCACCGGACGAGUACUCUUGGAGAAAGUACGGUCAGAAGCCAAUCAAGGGCUCACCAUACCCACGGGGUUACUAUAAGUGUAGCACGGUUAGGGGUUGCCCAGCAAGGAAGCACGUGGAGAGGGCGACCGAUGAUCCAAAGAUGCUGAUCGUGACGUACGAGGGAGAGCAUCGGCAUACUCAGGGGCCGAUGCAGGAGAUUCCUGGUGCAGGCGUUGCUGCUCCUGCUCAGUUGGUGGUGUUUGAGUCGUCAUGAGAAGAAGAAAAAGUUGAGAGAAUGGAAGGUCACUUUUUGUAAUUUCGAUGUAGUUGGAGGGGGUGUUUGAAAGAAAUUGAGAGGGACGAGUAGGAAGGCGUAGAAUUUAGAAGUGGGGCUUUCAUGUAAAUUUGGUAGGAGUAGAGGACAGAAUCUGCAAAAAAAACAAAAAUGUUUAAUUUCGGAAAUAUUUUUAAUUCUAAGGAUUGAUUAGUUUAUUGGAUGAAUGCCAGAGCUGUUGUCUAUUUUCUUGCAUAGGAUCCUAAUGUUUGAGAUUCGUAAAGAAUCGUGCUUUGUUUUUAUAUUUUUUUCUCUCGAGGAAUUUGUGAAAGUCAAAAAGAUUGGGCAUUUAAAAAAGGUCGGCAUUUGGAGACA